AAUUUAAUUAUUUUCAUAAUUUGAAUAAAGAACGGCCAUUGUUUCAACGGACGUUUAUUGAAUUUAGUUAUUGUUUUAUUUUGUUAAAUUAUUCCAAAAUGGUGAAUAAAGUGUACGAAGUAACACCAAGCAAAGAAGAGAAGAGAGGGAGCAAACAUAAUCAAAUAUUAAUGUCAAUAGUUGUAUGUAUGCCGAUCUUAGCUUACGGGACCGCUAUGGGUUGGAUAUCACCUAACAAGGCUCUACUGAUGGGUGAAUCUUCACCAUCAGACGCCCCACUUACCGAAGAAGACGUCUCCUGGAUGGCUUCCAUCAUGUUUAUCUUCGCACCAAUAGCUGUCUUCAUCUAUGGAGUAGCGGCUGAUAAAUUUGGAAGGAAAAACGCAUUGCUAUGCGCAUCUCUACCCAUAUCUCUUGGAUGGGCUAUCAAGUUGAUGUGUACUCAUCCGAUAGCACUAAUCGGUGCACGUGCACUUAUCGGCUUCGGGUCUGGCGGUGGUUUUGUCGUCUGCCCGCUGUACGUCAAAGAAAUCAGUGAAGAUAGCAUCAGAGGAAUGACUGGCACGUUUGUUAUAUUUUCACAGACUGUGGGUAAUCUUGUCGUAUUCGUGUUGGGCGACCUCCUACCAUUUAACACGGUUCUUUGGAUACUGCUAGCAAUACCCUUGGUCCACUUCUGUAUACUGCUGAAGCUGCCGGAGACGCCGUCCUACUUGGUCAAGUGUGGAAGGAACGAGGACACAGCGAAGGUGCUGGGCUGGUUACGAUCACUUCCUCCUACUGACAAGACUAUUAGUGAGGAAGUUGAUCGGCUCAUCAUCGAGCAGACCACCAGUGAACUUAAGUUCUCACCGAGGCUUUUAUUUUCCGACAAGACAGCAGUUAAGGCCUUCUGGGUCGCACUCAUUGUGAACUUAACGCGUGAAUUUUGCGGUUGUAUAGCCGUUUUGGUUUACGCAAGUCAUAUAUUUGCUGAAGCCGGGAAAGACCCUGGUACAAGUAUUGCGUUAUCACCCAACAAGCAGUCAAUUUUACUCGCUGCGGUGCAAAUUAUAGGCUCAUUCUUGGCUUGUCAACUUGUCGAUCGCGCUGGGAGAAAGCCACUUCUAUCAGUAACCAGUGUGGUUGCUGGCUUCAGCAUGUGUUUGCUGGGCGUGUGGUUCUACCUGCAGAGUGUCGGCGUGUUGAUGCCGGGCUGGGUGCCAAUUGUUGCACUCUGCACUUGUAUAUUCGCUGAUGCGUCAGGGUUACAACCUUUACCGUUCGUCAUUAUGACUGAGAUGUUUAACUUCCAGCUCCGAGGCACAGUGGCGACUCUCAUCAUGGCGAUAUCUCUUGGUACAGAUUUCGCGUUGUUAAAACUCUUCGCACCUCUAAACACGUGGAUAGGAUAUCAUUCAACAUUCUGGAUAUUCAGUUUCAUCUGUCUAUCAAAUGUCUUCUAUCUUAUCUUCUGCGUACCAGAAACUAAAAUGAGAAGUCUAGAAGAUAUUUACUCGGAUCUAGAAGGAAGGAAGAGAAAAAAAGCGGAGAAAGUCGUGGAAACUAAUCAUGUAUGAAUUU